AUGGUGCUGCUGUGCCCAUCGAUCAGUGCUCUCAAGAAACUGAUAUCCAUCUGUGAACGUUAUGUGGAGGCACAUGGGCUCAGGUACAAUGUGGCUAAAAGUGAAUUGCUGGUUUUUAGGGCUAAGAAUAAGACGUAUAACGUGCCGACGCUGAAACUUAAUGGCACCCCGUUAAAACAAGUACAGAGCUUCAAGUACCUGGGACAUUGGGUCACCGAGUCGCUUAAAGACGACCUUGAUAUAGAGAGGGAGCGUAGGGCGCUGUGCAUUAGGGCUAAUAUGCUGUCCCGCAGGUUCGCACGUUGCACCAACAAUGUUAAAAUAACGCUAUUUAAAGCUUAUUGCCACUCACUUUACACUUGCAGCCUGUGGACGAAUUAUACCCAAAGAGCUUACGGUGUCCUGCGCACCCAAUACAAUAAUGCAUUCAGGGGGCUGAGGGGACUGCCAAGACACUGCAGCGCAUCCGGGAUGCUAGCCGCGGCGCAAGUAGAUAGCCUCUCGGCCAUCAUUAGAAAGCGCAUCGCGUCCCUACUGCAGCGAGUACGGGGCAGCGCCAGCAGCCUCCUGAUGGCGGUCGCGGCGAGACUGGACGCAGACAGUGCUAUUAUGCAACACUGGACUCGCGUCCAUCUCGUCAAAGACACUAAAAUUAAUUAUAAUAAUUUUAAUAAUAAUAAUGUCUUUAAUAAUAAUAAUUAA